CAAAUAUUUCACACAUGACGUAUUUAAAGUCGUCGAUUUUUAAGGAAUUUCAAUAUAUUUAUUAUUAUAAAAAUAGGCCGCAUUGUCUUUGUCCAACGGGAUAGGAUGGAAACCAUUUUUCACGAAAAACAAGAAGGUUCGUUGUGUGCUCAACAUUGCCUUAAUGCUUUAUUGCAAGGGGCCUAUUUUACACCCGUAGACUUAAGUUCUCUUGCUCAAAGGAUGGAUGAAGAAGAACGCCUUCGGAUGGCAGAAAGUGGUGAAGAUUCUGAAGAAUAUCAGAGGUUCCUUCAACAGCCUUCAGGUAACAUGGAUGACAGUGGUUACUUUUCAAUUCAAGUGAUUAGUGCUGCACUGGAAGUGUGGGGUUUAGAAUUAGUGCCUUACUCGAGUACAGACGAACGGGUGAAGGAAGCUCUGAACGAUCCAACCAAAAUGCAAGCGUUUAUUUGUAAUUACAGGGACCACUGGUUCACUAUACGGCGUAUAGGUAGACAGUGGUUUAAUUUGAACUCGUUACUUUCUAAACCACAACUCAUUUCUGACACUUAUUUAUCAUUAUUUCUGGCACAGUUGAAAAAUGAGGGAUAUUCAAUAUUUGUAGUGUUAGGUGAAUUACCUGAAUGUGUGGCUGAUCAGGUUUUGAAACAGAGACCUAUUCAAUCAAAUCCCAGAUCUGUAGUCACCGCAGCUCAAUCUCAGAAUGAAGAGGAAGAUCCUGACUUACAGGCUGCCUUGCACCUUAGCCUUAUUGAAGAUAAUGAUGGUGGAGAUCCUGAAGAAGAUGAAUUAAGAAAAGCGCUAAGAUUGAGUUUACAGGAAGAAGAUAGGCAGGAAAAUUGUGAAGAUGAUGAUGAUGAAGAAGUGCAGUUACGGAAAGCAAUCGAAAUGAGUUUAGAAUGUAAAUCACGUACACCAUCUGUGCCCAGUAGUCCAUGUGAUCCCGAAGAAGUUCGGGCCAGAAGAUUAGCGUUUCUAAAUCGGACGCAAAAAAUGUAGGAUAUUAUUACAUUUGUUUUACUUUUCUUUCUGUCAUAAAAAUGUAAUUUAUUUUUAUACACUGGCUUUAAUUACCAUCACUAAUUAAAUACUGAGUGUUUGUGUAUUUAUUAUUGCAUUUAGUUUUACAAUUACAGUUACUACUGUAGAUAACUAUUUUAUGUUAAAUUUUUUAAUAUAUUAAUAGAA